AUGUACUCAGACAUAGAAAGCUUCUCAAGCGAUGAAAGAGGACAUACAAAGAAGACGAACAAACCGAUGAUGGAAAAGAAGCGACGUGCCCGAAUAAAUCAUUGCUUGAGUGAACUGAAAGAAAUUCUCAUCUGUGACAAACACGCGUCAGCCGGUCAUGCGAAAUGGGAGAAAGCCGAUAUACUCGAAAUGACGGUCGACUACCUUAAAAAAUUGCGAGCACUCAGAGGCCAUACUCCAUCGUUCAAUGUCGCUGUCGCCUUGGAAGACACAUCGUCGCAUGCCACUAAAGAAUGCGAUUCGACGCCUCCUUCAGCCGUACCAUCACCGUCCAGCGCUGAAUCCACUUCUGAUGGACCGACUACGACAAAGCGACGACGAACUGUUCCUGCGUUGACACCGCCCACUUCGGACGAGUCGCGUCCUUUUGCUCCUCCACCUACAAUGUCAACCAGUCUCGCUACCUUGCCUCCUACAAAGAUACCACCUACGAUUUUGACACCCCAUCUACGACCACCACCACCGCCUAAUUUCAAUUUUAUGGCUCAGCAUCUAUUAGCCUUACAAUAUCAGCAAAAUCUGAAAAUGGCAGCCAUUGCACCUGGAAUGGUCCCUUCUAUGACGCCAGUGCAUCCGUUUGCGGCCAUGACGGCCAUUCCAUGGAGGACUAUGUAG